AGGCACGUGAAUACAUCUGCUUGAGAUUUACAGUUUAGUGCCAAACUAUAUAGCGAUUUGGCAGUUUUUUUUUGUUUUUUUUUUUUACAUCAGAUGUUGCUCCUGAUACAACACAACCUUGGAUUUGGGCUCUAUGUGGAACAAAAAGGACCAGAAAAUUGGUGCUCCGCUUUACCAACUUUGACAUGACACAGAAUAGUAAAUAUGAACCAGAUUAAGCCAUUUUGUAAUAUAGUAAAAUUGUAUUAAAAUGGGCACAUUUCGUUACUAUGCUUGUCUUUACUACAAGAAGAAAAUAAUUUAGUUUGGAGUGUUCAUGUUCUCCAGUUUUGUGGGUUUUCUCCAGGUAAUCUGACAGCCCAAAAGUUAGGUGAUAGGAAUUAUUUCCAGUUCUCCUGCGAAAAGGAUGAAGAGGUAGAUAAUGGAUGAGAAAUGGAUGGGUCAAGAACCAUAACUGGUUUGUUGGUGCUUCUCUACCAAUGACAUGUCCUGUAACAUGUGAAAAUGUGUAAAAACAAAAACAACAACUCAAAUAGCAUUUUGCUGUGAAAGGUGUUUUUAUAAGUAGAAUUACUAAAUAAUAGACACUGGUAUUUACAGUAAUAACAACAAAAAUCAAACUUCUUCUGCUGAGAUAAUUGCUGCACGUGUUUUGACGUCCGUUACAUAUAUUAACACUCUUGUUUUAUUUUGGUUUACAGCCAUAUUGUGUGGCAAAUAUCAUAUUAACCUCACGUUUAGACGUUUAAUGUGCGCCCUGUCCGUAAAUUAUGACGUAUCAUUUUGUGAUUACGCUUCGUGAGUUCGCCAUGUUGUAGUUUUUGAUCGCAAACUCUCGCUCCACCCAUCGGUUCCAAACAAACCGCGGUGGAGUUCGUCGGUGAAAUACAGUUGAUGUUGAUUGACAGUAGUGUUAAAGAAAGUACAGAGUGCGUGUUCAGACUGGAGCCAUUCACGCGACGUGAGCGGAUCAGCGCUGCCCCACAAAGACGCUCUCCAGGCGGAAACGGCGCAGGUCCUGGAGCUGUGAGCGCUGCUCCCGCUAAUGUCAACGGAGAUGCUCGCUGUGUUGGAGGAACCCGAGCCGUCAGAGGUGCAGACCAGCAGCCAGCUGAGGUUCACUGGUGCCAGACUGUCCAUUGCAGGGUUGGUGAGUAAGGACGGAUUUGGACCCAAGCAGGAAGAGAGGAGCCCAGUUGUGGACCAGGUGCAGCCACAGUGUCCGUACAUUAAAGAAGAAGCAGAGGAAGUGUGCAUCAAGCAGGAGGAGGGAGACAUUAUCGCUGUGACUGUAACGAGCGAAGUCAAAGAUAAGCCUGACUUCGUGCUGUUUCAUCACAGUUGCACAGAGGAGACCAGUGGAGGUCCAGUACCAGGGAGCAGUUCCAGGUUAGAUGGCUGUGGAACAUCAGGUGACCAGCUGGUGAGAAAAGAAGAGUUUCCUCUGGAACAGCAGGAGUUGAGCGUAACCAAGAACCAGAAGGAGCAGCACCACAUCUCCAUCAAAGAGGAAGAGGAGGAACUGUGCAUCAAACAGGAGGAUGUUGAUAUUAUGGCAACAGCCUUGAAGAGUGAAGAUGAUGAAGACAAAUCAAAGAUCGACACACAUCAAACUAAGGAUUACAUCAGUGUCUCCGAAGCGCCAGAGUCAGCCUCCAUGUCAGAAGAUGAAGAGUCUUCUCAGACGGAAGACAGUGAAGAUGACUGGAAGGACACUGGUGUGCCAACAGGUUUAAAAAGAAUACACGAUGUGUCCGAUUUCAGCGAUGGAAGAUGCAACAUUCACGAGGAACUUGUCUGUGAUGGGUCUCAUUUGAUACAGAACGGAGACUCUGGAGAAGAAUUACUGACUAGCCAAGCGUUUAGACAACAAAAAUAUGUUGGAGAACAUGAAGAAAGUCAUGCAAACGAGAGUCCUUAUCGAUGCUGUGUGUGUGGUAAAAUAUUCACACAGAAGUCCAAUCUGCGCAUGCACAAGAGGAUUCAUACAGGGGAGAAACCGUUCAGUUGUUUGGAUUGUGGGAAACGAUUUACAAAUACAUCUGCCUUGAAGAGACAUGAAAGAAUUCAUACAGGAGAGAAACCGUUCAGUUGCUCUGUGUGUGGGAAACUGUUCUCUCUAAAAACCACGCUAAAGAACCACGCAUUUAUUCACACAGGAGAGAAACCUUUCCGCUGCUUUUUGUGCGGCAGGCGUUUUUCGCGGAAUAGCAAUCUAAGGACGCAUCAAAGAAUACACACAGGAGAGAGACCGUACAGCUGCUCUGUGUGUGAUAAAAAGUUUAAACAGAGAACUAAUCUGCAGAUGCAUGAGAGAACUCAUACUGGAGAGAAACCUUUCAGUUGUUCCAUGUGCGGUAAAAGAUUUAUUAGUAAGAGUAAACUAAAGAUACAUGAAAAUACUCACAGACUAGCUGUCAAAACUAUGACACAUAAGUGGCGUUUGAGGCAUGCUGUAGCUGUGUUGCCUAUUUACUGGGAAUUCUGGUCUUUAGUUUUAGUCUCUUCUUUCUCUACUGCAGACAAAUGGCAGCUCCCGGUGAUUAAAGAAGAGUUUGUCCAGGAAGAGCUGCAGCACCCUGGAAUUAAAGAAGAAGCAGAGGAAGUGUCUAUCAAAAAGGAGGAGGAAGACAUUAUUGCUGUGACUGCAUUGAGUGUAGAUGAAGAAAAUCCAGAUGUCUUGCUGUUUCACCAGUGUCUCAAAGAGGAGACUAAAGGAGAACAUAGAGAUCCAGAACCAGGCAGCAGUUCCAGUUUGGAUGGACACGUAGGACCAGAAAACCAGAAGCUGAUAAAAACGGUGUCGUCUUGUGACCAGAAGUUGAGGAGCAGUGGUGUGGAAUCCUGGAAGUCAGAACACUUUACCACUAAAGAGGAAGAAGAGGCUGAAAUCACUGCUGUAGUUGUGAAGAGUGAAGAAGAUGAAGAGACAGCUGAGUUCUUACAACUACAUCACAGCGUCUCCGAUAAAGGAGAUGACUGCAGUGGGCCAGAACGGACCAGAAACUGGGGCUCAGGUGACCAUCUGAGACCAGGACCUGAAGAUUCUUCUGAGACUGAAAACAGUGAGGAUGAGUUCCACGAGACAAGAGACACACCAAGUAAAAACACAGCUGUUCCCAUCGGAAUAGGGAGUAACAUUAGUGAUAAGAAAAGCUUUUUGGAAUAUCAUAAAAGAUUUGUCUACGAGUCCCAGCUACUAAGACAACUCAACAAUUAUUCUGGAGAAAAACUGUUCACCUGCGUUGAGUGUGGCAAAACAUUCACAGAAAAGUAUUACCUGAAGAGACAUGAAAGGAUUCAUACAGGAGAGAAACCAUUUAGUUGCUCGGUGUGUGGAAAACUAUUCUCUCUAAAAACCACUCUAAAGAACCACACAUUUAUUCACACAGGAGAGAAACCUUUCCAAUGCUUUUUGUGCGGUAAAUGUUUUUCAAGGAAUAGUUACUUAAGGACCCAUCAAAGAAUUCAUACAGGAGAGAAACCAUUUAGUUGCUCUGUGUGUGGGAAACUAUUCUCUCUAAAAACCACACUGAAGAACCACACGUUUAUUCAUACAGGAGAGAAACCUUUUCAGUGCUUUUUGUGCGAUAAACGUUUUUCACGGAAUAGUCAUCUAAGGACACAUCAAAGAAUACAUACGGGAGAGAGACCGUUCAGCUGCUCUAUAUGUGAUAAAACAUUUAAACAGAGUAAUAAUCUGCAGAUACAUAAGAGAACUCAUACCGGAGAGAAACCUUUCUGUUGUUCCAUGUGCGGUAAAGGAUUUAUAAGUACUAGUAAACUAAAGGUGCAUGAGAAUACUCACAGGACUCUGGUCUUUAGGCGACUAAUGGCGGAGGAGAUGGUCGGUGUGUUGGGGGUAACCGAGUUUUCAGAGCCGGAAUUCUACACACAGAGUAUACCGCUCGAUGCUGAGCUUAAGUCUGAAGUAAAGCUGCAUAUAACAGACAAAUGGCAGCUCCCGGUGAUUAAAGAAGAGUUUGUCCAGGAAGAGCUGCAGCACCCUGGAAUUAAAGAAGAAGCAGAGGAAGUGUCUAUCAAAAAGGAGGAGGAAGACAUUAUUGCUGUGACUGCAUUGAGUGUAGAUGAAGAAAAUCCAGAUGUCUUGCUGUUUCACCAGUGUCUCAAAGAGGAGACAAAAGGAGAACAUAGAGAUCCAGAACCAGGCAGCAGUUCCAGUUUGGAUGGACACAUAGGACCAGAAAACCAGAAGCUGAUAAAAACGGUGUCGUCUUGUGACCAGAAGUUGAGGAGCAGUGGUGUGGAAUCCUGGAAGUCAGAACACUUUACCACUAAAGAGGAAGAAGAGGCUGAAAUCACUGCUGUAGUUGUGAAGAGUGAAGAAGAUGAAGAGACAGCUGAGUUCUUACAACUACAUCACAGCGUCUCCGAUAAAGGAGAUGACUGCAGUGGGCCAGAACGGACCAGAAACUGGGGCUCAGGUGACCAUCUGAGACCAGGACCUGAAGAUUCUUCUGAGACUGAAAACAGUGAGGAUGAGUUCCACGAGACAAGAGACACACCAAGUAAAAACACAGCUGUUCCCAUCGGAAUAGGGAGUAACAUUAGUGAUAAGAAAAGCUUUUUGGAAUAUCAUAAAAGAUUUGUCUACGAGUCCCAGCUACUAAGACAACUCAACAAUUAUUCUGGAGAAAAACUGUUCAGUUGCUUUGAAUGUGGAAAAAGAUUCACACAAAAGUAUGACCUGAGGAGACAUGAAAAAAUUCAUACAGGAGAGAAACCGUAUAGUUGCUCUGUGUGUGGUAAGCGAUUUUCGGAAAGGGUUCCGCUGAAGACGCAUGAGAGAAUUCACACUGGGGAGAAACCAUUCAGUUGCUCUGUGUGCGGUAAAAGGUUUACACAGAGUAGUAAUCUGAGGACUCAUGAGAAAGUUCAUACCGGAGAGAAACAUUUUAGUUGCUUUGAGUGUGGUAAACAGUUCACACAUAAGAGUGAUCUGAAGAGACAUGAGAAAUUUCAUACCGGGGAGAAACCGUUUGGUUGCUUAGAGUGUGGUAAAAAAUUUGCCCAGAAGAGUGAUCUGCGAAAACAUGAAAAAACUCACACAGGAGAGAGACCGUUUAGUUGCUCUGAGUGUGGUAAAUGUUUCAUGCAGAAGAUGUAUCUAGUGGCACAUGAAAAAAUCCAUACAGGAGAGAAACCCUACAGUUGCUCUGCCUGUGGUCAAAGGUUUAGACAAAAUGGUCAUCUAAGGAAGCAUAUAAAAAUUCACACGGGAGAGAAACCGUUCAGUUGCACUGCAUGUGAUAAAAGAUUUACUCAAAAAUCGUCCCUUAAGAAACAUGAGAAAAUUCAUGCAAGAGAGAAGUCGUUAGGCAGCCAAAAUGAUGACUCUCCCCAGCUUCAGGACCAAACCUGUGUUUUAGCUAAUGAUUGAAAAUGAAAGCACAUUAGCCUUUAGCCUCAGUGGUAAGAAAAGCAACAAUGAGACUGACAGUUUUAUUUGGGGAUGAUGAUUGGGUUACAUGCAGUGAGUAACAGGCUUUGUUUUCUUUAACUGUAAGGGGGGAGCUGACUAUAUAAAUGGAACCACUGCAUGCCGAGUGGUAAAAUAGCUUUAUGUUGUUUUAAAAAAAGCUCUACUAGUGACGACGUAGAGCAGUGUUUCCCAACCUUUUGGAAUCAGAGCACAUUUUGCACAAACAAACAAAAAGUAUACGUACUGAAAUUAUGAUCUUCUAGUUUCCAUUUACUCACAAUUCACUUACUUAAGUGAACACAGCACUGAUAUACUUGAGGGAAUUGAAGGGAGACAAGAACAUCUUCAACAACUCACGUUCUCUGUUGCCUAGUGGAAAAGUAUUGAAUUUCUCCUGUCAGUGUCUCAUCGAUUAGCGGUCCCCAACCAUUUUUGUACCAUGAUUUUUCAUCAUUGAUUCGUGAUGAAUUCAUUGAUUCAUGGUUGGGAAUCACUGCCAUAGAGGACCUUAUUGCAUCAGUGGGAUGCAGUGACAGUGGAGUGACGAUCCGAGUUACUCUGGCACCAUGUGUU